UCCUCCUCUUCCAGCAUGCAGGCGUUCCAGUACCCCCAGGUCUUCCGCGACGAGACCGCCGUGCACGAUUAUCAUGGAUGUAAAGUAAGUGACCCUUAUAGCUGGCUAGAGGAUCCUGAUAGUGAACAAACAAAGACUUUUAUUGAACUGUGUAAUAUUGUUAAUGUAACUGUUGAUAUAUUGUACUGCUUGAUGUAUUUUCAUUUUUAUAAUUCUGGACUUCAGAACCAACGAGUAUUAUAUGUGCAAGAUUCCUUGGAUGCUGAAGCCAAAGUAUUUCUUGACCCAAAUAAACUUUCUGAUGAUGGUACUGUGGCAUUGCGAGGUUAUGCAUUCAGUGAAGAUGGUGAAUAUUUUGCAUAUGGUUUGAGUUCCAGUGGGUCAGACUGGGUAACCAUCAAAUUUAUGAAGGUGGAUGGUACUGAAGAACUUCCAGACAUAUUGGAAAUGGUAAAAUUUAGUUGUAUGGCUUGGACACAUGAUGGCAAGGGCAUGUUCUACAAUUGCUACCCAAAGCAAGAUGGCAAAAGUGAUGGCACUGAAACAUCAACCAACUUGCACCAGAAGUUGUACUAUCAUGUGCUAGGAACUGACCAGUCAAAAGAUGUUCUAUGUACCGAAUUUCCUCAUGAGCCCAAAUGGAUGGGUGGAGCUGAGGUAUCUGAUGAUGGGCAAUAUGUUCUGCUAUCUAUACGAGAAGGAUGUGAUCCAGUAAACAGACUGUGGUAUUGUAAUCUACAAAAGGAAUCAAAUGGUAUAACAGGAAUUCUUCAGUGGGUAAAACUGAUAGACAACUUUGAUGCAGAAUAUGAAUAUGUCACCAACGAGGGACCUAUGUUUACUUUCAAGACAAAUCGUCAUGCUCCAAACUAUCGAUUAAUUAACAUUGACUUCAGUGAUCCAGAGGAAUCCAAAUGGAAGGUACUGGUUCCUGAACACGGGAAGGACGUUCUAGAAUGGGUGGCUUGUGUGAGAUCAAACUUCCUAGUGUUGUGCUAUCUCCAUGAUGUGAAGAAUGUUCUGCAGCUUCAUGACCUAUCAACUGGGACCCAUCUCAAGACUUUUCCAUUGGAUGUUGGCAGCAUUGUAGGAUAUAGUGGCCAAAAGAAAGACACUGAAAUAUUUUAUCAAUUUACUUCCUUUUUAUCACCAGGUAUUAUUUACCACUGUGAUCUGACCAAAGAAGAACUAGAGCCAAGUGUUUUCCGAGAGGUCACAGUGAAAGGAUUUGAUCCUUCAGCUUACCAGACAGUGCAGGCUUUCUACUUCAGCAAAGAUGGUACAAAGAUACCCAUGUUUAUUGUCCACAAAAAAGGAAUCAAAUUAGAUGGAUCUCAUCCAGCCUUUCUUUAUGGUUAUGGUGGCUUCAACAUAUCAAUCACACCAAGCUACAGUGUAUCAAGACUGAUUUUUAUAAGACAUCUGGGUGGCAUCCUAGCUGUGGCUAACAUCAGGGGAGGUGGUGAAUAUGGAGAGACCUGGCACAAAGGAGGUAUAUUGUCCAACAAACAAAACUGUUUUGAUGACUUCCAGUGUGCAGCCGAGCAUCUUAUCAAAGAGGGAUACACUUCUCCAAAGAAGCUGACUAUUAAUGGGGGUUCAAAUGGAGGCCUCUUAGUUGCUGCUUGUGCCAAUCAGCGUCCAGAUCUAUUUGGGUGUGUUAUUGCUCAAGUGGGAGUGAUGGACAUGCUAAAGUUCCACAAGUUUACCAUCGGUCAUGCCUGGACAACAGACUUUGGCUGCUCUGAUUAUAAAGAACAGUUUGAAUGGCUGUACAAGUAUUCUCCUCUUCAUAAUAUCAAAAUACCAGAAGGAGAUGGAGUCCAGUAUCCUUCCAUCUUACUACUUACAGCUGACCAUGAUGACCGUGUGGUGCCUCUUCAUUCCCUGAAGUUCAUUGCCACUCUGCAGUAUGUUGUAGGCCGAAACCCCAAACAAACGAAUCCACUCCUAAUUCACGUUGACACCAAGGCUGGCCACGGUGCUGGAAAACCCACAGCCAAAGUUAUAGAGGAAGCAUCUGACAUGUAUGCCUUUAUAGCAAGAUGCCUAAAUCUGGAAUGGAUAGAAUAGCUCAUUAUCAUCUCAAUUAGAAAUCAAGGGCUUUAACAACAUUCUAAAACAGUAGGAACACUUGGUGUAGUACUUACAUUUAAGAAGUGCCACUCCCAGCUUCCCGUGAACUUUUCUGCUUCUAUUCAGUGUUUACUUUGCACUUCAGUUUAGGUUCAGUCAUCUGUUUUAAGUAGCAUGUUCCAAUAAAUAGGCAGACUGGAGAUGAUGCUGUUAUGUGAUUUCUUAGACUCAAAGUUGGUGGUGGUGGUGGUGGUGAUUAUUCUGUACAAUACAGUUUUAAUGUGAUUUUUCUCCUUGUAAACAUAUCUGGCUCACUUGUAAUUAAAUGUAAGUACUGUUCCAGUAUAAACUGUCAACUUGUAUUUUCUUUACAACCACAAGAAAUGUUGGGACUAUUGCCAAUAAAACACCUAUAUUAUAAAUGCUGUGUAA